UUGUCAGGGACGUUCGCACCACUCGCAUGACUCGCGCUCGACUUGAAGAAAUCGAAGCAUGUGCUAAGCAACAACAAAUGUUGAGAGCUUGCGGAAUUUGUAGACUUCAAACAUUGAGUGCGUUUUAACAAAACAACUAUGUAGAAUUAAACAACAACAAAACUCAACGACUAAAGCAUAAAAAAGUGAUUCAACAAUGACAUGAAAUUAAUGCCCUGAAUAAAAACAUUAAGCAACAUAAAAUUAUAAAACAUUUCUAAGCAACUAUCAUUCAAAGAAAAGAGAAAACAAUCAACAAUAUGCACGUUUACUACAAAUUUGGAUUAUUUCUAAUAUUUUUGCUGAGCGUAAGCAUAAGCCAAACAGCACCCGCGGACAAAAGCCAAAAAGACAGCAGCAACAACAAUAGCGUUAAUAAUUAUUACGAAUAUGACGAUGAUGAUUAUGCUGACGAGGUGCAGAGCAGCGAGUCGUCGGAUAAACUACAUCCAGAGAUUGCAGCAAAUCGACAAUUGGGCAUAGCCUCAUCGACAACAACAACCACAUUUAGGCCCAUUUUUAGCAUUCCACGACGCAGCAGCCAUGUGCUGGAGCCAAGCUGUCCACGGCAUUGCCUAUGCUUGGAGGAUUUCAAGUAUGUGCAAUGCACGAAUGCACAUUUGACUCAUGUGCCACUGGAUUUGCCAAAAACGGCAGCCAUUAUUGAUUUGAGCCACAAUGUCAUUUCGGAGCUGCGUGCCGAAGACUUUGCCAAUUUGUCCAAAGUGGUCGAAAUCAAUUUAAAUCACAAUUUGAUCAGACGCAUUGACAAGGAGGCAUUCACUGGCAUGGAACGUUUGCGUCGCCUGCGCUUGGCCAACAAUCAGUUGACCAAAAUCGAUCCAGAUACGUUUUCCAGCGCCACUGAUUUAGCCUUGCUGGAUUUGAGCAAUAAUAGCAUCAUUCAGCGCACAGAUGGUUCGUUUUUGAAUCAGCCCAGUUUGAUUGAGUUUAGCUGCUCGAACUGCAGCUGGACGGAGCUUCCGGAACAAAUAUUUACGAAUAUGAGUGGACUGAAUGCACUGCGCUUGGACAACAAUGAAUUCAAACGACAAAUCAAUACGAGAGCUUUCACGCCGCUUAAAUAUAUAAUUAAACUGAAAUUGCCAGAACUGGAUCAACCCAACAUUGAGGAACUGUGCAAUCUGCUCAAAUCAAUUGACAACAUCAGCUUCAAGAAUUUUGAUGUCAGCUGCUUCGAGCUGGUCCUAGGAACAUCAUUUAACGACAGCCUCAUCCAAGCCUCAUCAGAUCCGCCCUUCAGCCGAACGACUGCGGCGCCCAGCACUCCGAAGCCAACGACUCCAGCGCCGCCACGCACUGCAGCCAAUCGCAAUCGCAACCGGGUGGCCAACGAGACGGCCAGCGUAGCGAAGGCGGGCGUCAUGACUGAAAGCAGCAGCGAUAAACCCACAGACAAGGAGGAGCCAUAUCAAGUGCCCAUCUCGCAGGAGACCAUCAAUAUACUGCUCAUAUGCAUCAUGGUCGUUGCCGUUGUGGGCAUCAUUGUGGGCUUGAUUUGUCGCAAAGAUCUGGGCGGCAUUAAAACGAAAUGCUGUCGCACUAGCAAACCGGAGCCAAAGGAUCAGGUGCAUCCCACUGAGGAAAUACCGCUAAAUAAGCUAGCCUAAGAUAUACAUACACACACAAACACACGCACACACCACACUCGCUCGCUGCCUUCGAUGAUUCCAAAAUGAUAAAAACCACAUUGUCAAUACAGCCAGCAGCAUUUGCCAACGUUACGAGA